AUGACAAGCAAAAAUUUCAAUUUCCAUGCUCGACUGUAUGCUCUUUACAUUGGUGUGCAUGAAUAUUCAUCACUUGUACUAUGGAAUAGUAAUGAAAUUAAUAUAAAUUUUUUACCAAUGAUUUUCAAAUUAUUUCGCCCAAAUGCGUGGAAAUUUCUUCGCCGAUUUUCCUCAUCAGUCACCUUGGAAUGCUGUAAAGUGAAUCGCUCCGAUUUGGACGAUGCCUUGAAGAAAAAUUAUCAACAACCAGCCAGUGUGCCUAUUGUUAUAGGCAAAGAUGUGAUUUAUUCGGGCGAUGAACAGCUCAUACAAAUGCCCCAUAAUCAUCAACGGAUUGCGGCCAAAUAUUAUAAUGCCUCAAGGAAACACAUUCAAAUGGCCAUAGAUCAAGCUUUAGAAGUACAAGAAAAAUGGGCAAAUACUGAUGUCAACUGCCGUUUAGAAUGCUUCCAGAAGGCUGUUGACAUUUUGAUGUCACCAUUGAAAUUUGCCCAACUGAUGUCGGCCAUAAUGUUGGCUGAGGCUAAGACACGUCAGGAGGCUGAAAGAGAUUUGGGACGCUUGAUACGCAUGAUGUCCUCCACAGCGGACUAUUUGAAACAAUUGUCGGAAUUUAAAUACCAUGGUGGAACAGAGGGCUUGGUACCAAAGUAUGCGCUAAGACCUUUGGAGGGAUUUGUGGCUUGCACAGGGCCCAUAAACACCAGCUGGAGGGCAGCAAAUUUGGCUUUGGCCCCCUUGAUAAUGGGCAAUGUAGUGCUGUGGAGACCUCCUAAAGUUUGUGUUCAUUCUGCUCACCUUAUAUUCAGCGCCAUGAUGGAAGCUGGCAUACCUGCGGGAGCUUUGCAAUUUUUACCUUCCAAUUAUCGGCUUUUUCUGGACACAGUGGUGCGAUCACCAUAUUUGGCUGGCAUUAACUACGCUGGACGCCUCAGUACUUUGCGCACUCUAUGGCAUGAUAUGGCCAUACAAUUGGCCAACUAUAAAUGUUUCCCCCGAUUGGUGGGGGAAUGUGAUAGCAAAGGCUAUCAUUUUGUACAUGAGUCAGCUGAUUUGGAGAAAGUUGUGGAUUUAACAAUAAAUGCAGCUUUUAGCUACUCUGGCCAGAGACCCAAUUGUUGUGCCCGCCUAUAUGUUCCCAGCUCCAUGUGGCCGCAAGUCCGUUGCCAUCUGGAGGCAAGGGUAGCUUGUUUGAAAAUUGCCGAUCCCACAGAUGAUGAGAGUUUUUCCUCGGCCAUCUGUCGGCCGGAUAUUUUUGACGACAUUGUGGAAUAUCUGAAAUAUGCCAGCAGCAGUAAGGGAAAUCAAAUCAUAGCCGGAGGAAAUUUCAUUAAAUCCCAUGGUUAUUUCAUAGAACCCACCAUAGUGUUGUGUCAAAAUCCCCAAGAUCGUUUGUUGAUCGAUGACAUUCCUGGUCCCAUUCUCAGUGUUUAUGUGUAUGAAAAUGCCCAUUUGGAAGGGGCAUUAGAAACUCUAGCAACUACCCAAAAGUUUGGUGCCUGUGGUUCUGUGUUUGUUAAAAAUGAAAAAAUUCUGCCUCAUUUACAGCAAAAACUUGGCAAGACUGCCAGUAAUUUGUAUAUCAACAAUCAAUGCUCUGGCAGCAGUAUGAGUCAUUUGCCCUUAUCUGGCAAUCGUUUGUCUGGAACGAAUGACAAAAAUGCAACACCGUAUUACUUGCUAAGAUUCGCUGCUCCUCAAAUGCUGGAAGAGGCUAGGGGAGACAUUGCUUAUGAUUAG